AUGUCUAAGAUGGAUGCGGCUUUCUUAUCCAGAGAUUCAUGGCUGCCAAAAAUGUAUGUAUUAGUUGUCGAAUUGGGUUGGGACUCUGAAUGCCUGGCCAUGUUUAUAGUAAGGAAAUCCACUACUGAAUGUCGAAGGUUAUGGGUUUGGUUAUGCGGAUAUGGUGAUGUCGAUUAG